AUGUGUGUUGCCCUUUGCUGUCGUCCGCAAGAAUAUCCUUGCAGGAAUUGCCUGGUCGCCUUCGGCCUCGGCAUGAGUGAUAACUUCUCCUGGUCCUCGCUUUUUCUCUUCUGGUGCUCCCCGCUCCGGCGCGGCCGGCGGCCUUCAGUUUCGAGGCGGGGUGGCGGCGGACCAUGGUUUUCGGUUCCGAAGGCCUUUUACGCCUUUUUUUCCAGGCGUGGCCAUUUUCUGUCAAUUUUCGAUGCCAAGUUGACGGCGCUUGAGCCCCGUGUGCUGACCGAAUGCACCACCGCAUGGGUGACGGAUUCGACGAGCCAGGCGUGCUCGUGCCACUUCGUGAACGAUUUUCUGCUUCGAUUUGCCCGUGUGCCUUGUGUGAAGUCGGGCCCCAGGGCGCCCGCUCCUGGCGCGUGGCCGAAGCCCUCGCGCCUGCCGUGCCCGCCGCAAGAAGACGGCAAGGCACAGCCCCGCGGAGUUUCAGCGCGGAGCCCUGGCCAGGCCUUCGCCGCUCCUCCUGCUGUCCUCCUCGUCGUCCUCCUCCCCCUCCUCCUCCUCCUCCUCCUCCGGUCCGUCGCUUCCUUCCUCCUUGCCAGCAGCCCAGGGCAUCGACGUAGAGCCGACUGA